AUGGUACUGGCACUCAUCUUCCUAGCCCUGCCAGACUCUGGUGCCGAGGAUCCCAAGGACCCGGGGAAGUGGAUAAAGACUGUGGGCUUUGGGCUUUGGAAGCCCUAUGCUUUGGCGGCUACGGCUCCAGCAACAAACCCUCCCCGCGGCCUCCACUCGUCUCCUGCGUUUCAACUCAACUCAUGUCCCCGCCGCGGCCUCAUCUUCUAA